AUGAUGACUGCUGCAUCCAUCGCCUCCACGGACGUGGGGCUGCUGCUGCAAGAUGAUGUUUUUGUGGACUUUUUCAACACCUUUCUGAACCUUCCCGUUUUUGGCCAGACACCUCUUUACAUCAGUGGCACGGGCCAGUGGUACCUGUGGCCAGAGCUCCCGAGCCACCUGGAUCCCAGCCCCGAGGCUUUACUGGCUUGGCUGGAAAAGCACAGGCUGCCUCACUUCUGCAAAUCCAGCCUGUGCCUCCACCUCGUCCUCUGCCAGAAGCUGCUGGCUUUCAUUCGCUCGGGGGAAGCAGCAGAGCUCCUGAACUGGCACGGUGCCGACCAGUGGCUGCUGGAGAGGUGCAUCAGCGGGAGCCACGGCAUGCGGCACUUCCUCACCUUCAUCCGAGGAACUGCAGGGGAAGAACUGAUCGACUUCUGGCUCAUCACUGAAAGGCUCCUGGGUCUGGAUGAGUCAGAUGGCAGUCAGAGGGACCUGUUCUUGUCCCUGCUUCAGAGGCUGAGAGCCACUCACCUGCGCGAGGGCUCCAGCGUCGUCACCCUCUGCACCACCAUCCUUGGAUCUCUGCCGAAAGCCAGGCACAUCCAGGCCCUCAGCACUAGGAAGGAGAUCCUAAGCAAGAUGCAGGAACAGGCCUUUUCUAUGAUCCAGAGUUACUGGCUCCCUAAAUUCUUCGUGCACUGCAGGAUGGGAAUGGAGGAAGAGGAAUCGUGCCAGCCUUUGCUCCAGGAAUAUCAGGAACGUUUAUCACAGGCCUGCUGGCAGGAGCCCCCAGGCCUUUCAGAGUCCCUCCCCACCAUGCACAUCAAAAGGAGCCAGGGCGUGUCAGGGCCCUACUGCAGCCAAAAGGGCAAAUUAGAGAUCUGGGCUCUGGUCAAGGAGGGGAGACACAGCCAAGAAUUGAAAAUGGACACUUUUUGGGUGAAACCAGAGAAGCAGCCAGGGCCAGCUGAGAGCACUGAGGGAUGGUGUCUGGAUGAGGAUGCUUUGGGAUCGAUUCUCCAGCAGUCAGAGCAUCCUGCCUUUGGAGGCAAAGGGGGAGGAACAUUUCCUGGAAAACCUCAGUCCAGUGCAGAGCAGGAUCUAGAAGACCUCUGUAAGGAGAAAGUCCUCUCUGACCCGCCUCCCUCUGCAUCCCUUGCCUGGCUGCCAUCCCUGAAAAAGCCAGUCAAUACCUUGGAUUUCCUUCCCUGGGCCCUGAGUGCCGAGGCCUGUGCAGGACGACCCUUCAGAGACUUCCUGCAGCACCAGAACAGGCCCAUGGAGACUCAUCUCCUGGACCUGUGGCACGACCUGGAGGAGUUUCUGCCCGUGGUGCUGGACUCCAACAGAGAAAACAGCUUCUUCCUGCGCCAUUUGAUUGGGGAAAAGAUCUGCAAGACCUACCUGGAGGAGAGCAGCAGUGAGAAGCUUCCCUUGGAGAGCAGGACUCUGAUGAGUCUGUGGGACUAUCUGAUAUGUGGAGAAUUCUCCCCCUGGAUAUUCAGAGCCCAGAAGGAGAUUUGCAAGGUGCUCUGCAGCCUCUAUGAGGAAUUUCUGGCCGUCGAUGACAGGACGUUCCUCCAGUUUAUGGCUCCAGGGAUGGACGUCCCCAUGGCCGAGGUUCCAGGCCGUGCUGCCGGCACAGGAAAACAUUUCCACCUGUCCCAGAGGAUGAACCAGUCCCUGAAGCUGAGCCAGGCCUUGCACGGCACCAGGAGCUUGGAGGAGGUCUCCUCCAGGCACUGGCAAUUGCUUGCUGCUCGGGACCUCCGGAACGGGGGCUCCAUCCAGGCGGAGCUGGAGCUGCUCCUGGGCAGUGAUGAAUUACAGAGGAUUAUGGCAGAUGUGCAGGAUGUGGGUAGCCCAAGCAAGGAAGAGGAGCUUCUGCAGCUCAUGAGUACAGCAUUUGCUGUUGCAUCCGAGAGGAUUGCUAGAGAGAAUGCUGCUGCUGCUGCAAGGAAGAAGGCGUCUAGAAAACGCAGGUUUGAGGAGGAUGAUGAGGAGGAUGAGGAAGAGGAGGAAGGCAUCCAUCAGCAGAAGAAGAAGAAGAAGAAAGAGCAGCAGACACAGAAGCAGAAACGGAAGCAGAAGGAGCAGCAGGAGGAGGAGGAGGAUUUGUUUCCCUGGAGCAAAAAGCCCAAGUCUAGACGUCGCCAGCACGUGCAGGAAGAGGGAGCGGGACAGAGGAUGGGAUGGGCCUGGGAUGCCAUCCGGGAGCUUGUUGGGAGCUUCUGCAAGUUCCAGAGGGAGAUGAAAAAUCAAGAACGCCGUGCAGAAUUUGAGGAGUUUCUCCGUCAGGAGCGAAGAAACGAGAGGGAAAACUUGCCCAUCAAGGAGAAGAAGAAGAGCAAAAGUCCCGCUAAGAGCUCCCGCUCCCGCAAGGGCAAAGCCCAGCCACAGAAGGUGACGCUGGUAAAACGCCGCAUUUUGGACAAACAGCUCAUCAUCAUCAGCUUCCUCGUCGAUGACCUCCGCUUUUACCUGGAGAUGGACAAGUUUUCCAGGUUGGCUGACUCCAUAGGAGCUGUGGCACUCCACAAGAUGCGGUCAGAAAGGCACGUCGCCUUUCUCAGAAAGAAACGUGAAAUCAUCAGCAGACUCUUCCUGAACUCUGAUCUCCCCCCCAAGCUGCGGGUCAACAUCUCCGAGAAAGAGAGGGAUUUAAUCUGCCGUCCAUCUUCCAAGAGGCCACUGACCCGGGCUAUCUACCACAACGCCAAGGUCACCCUCUUCCCCAUCCUGAUGUACUUCUGGAGAAGGUUCUGCAUCUGGAAGGUGAUGAGGAGCUUUCGGGCCUACCAGGGGGACAAGAGCUCUGAGACCAAUGAGGAGGAUGGGAGCUUUCAGCUCACCAAGGGGGACAAGAGCUUUUUGGGCCACAAGGAAGAGAAGAGAUCACAGGAGCCCAAGGGGGACAAGAGCUCCUGGGGUCAAAAGGAGGAGAGGAGAUCUCAGGAGCCCAAGAGGGACAAGAGCUCCUGGGGCCAAAAGGAGGAGAGGAGAUCUCAGGAGCCCAAGGGGGACAAGAGUUCCUGGAGCCACAAGGAGGAGAGGAGAUCUCAGGAGCCCAAGGGGGACAAGAGCUCCUGGGGCCACAAGGAGGGCAGAGUUCCAGCCUUUUCACCUCCUGGAAAAACCCCCUCCAAAGUACCCAAGAUCCCCGGUCCAAAGAAGCUGGUGGCCAUUCCCUCUGCUACACGUUAUGCUCCAGGUAGAAGGGCUGUCCUCAUCUUCACGCUGUCAGGCGGCCUCGAGCUCCUGCUGCCACGGCCUGAGAUGAAAAAGGAGCCUUCAGAGGAGGAAAAAGAUGCAGGUCCCAGCGAGGAGAAGAGGCCCUCGCUCAGCGAGUCUGCCCCACAGGGCGGGUAGGUGCUCCCAGAGGUGUUCCCCUCCUCCAAACCCCACAGCACAGGCUGUGGCUCCCCUAAAAUCCCAAGGGUUUGUGCAGGAUGCUGGUCAGCCCCAUCAGCUCCAGUAAGAGUCACAGAAAACUCCCAGCUGCUGCAUGUCUCCAUGCCCAGAACUCUUGCCUGGGAACAUCCCUGACCCCUCUCCAUGCCCAGAACUCCUUGGGAGCAUCCCUGUUCCCUCUCCAUGCCCAGAACUCCUCCCUGAGAACAUCCCUGACCCCUCUCCAUGCCCAGAACUCCUCCCUGGGAACAUCCCUGAUCCCUCUCCAUGCCCAGAACUCCUCCCUGGGAACAUCCCUGAUCCCUCUCCAUGCCCAGAACUCCUCCCUGGGAACAUCCCUGAUCCCUCUCCAUGCCCAGAACUCCUUGGGAGCACCCUAACCUUGCCUUCAGCAACAGCAGCCACUGAUGCAGCAUCUCUCCCUUCCCUGCAGGAACGAAGAGAAGCUCAGCCCUCCCAAAACAGCACCCACACAGGUGGGAUCUGAGGAAGCUGAGCAGCCUGGACACAGGGAAUCAUCUGAAGUUUGUCAGCAAUAAGACCUAAAAAUAAAAGCAACUCACAGCAUCCUCCAGCUUACCUGGUGGCAGCACAUAACAGAUCACAGCUCUGCAGGGAUUUGCUGUGACAUGUAUUUCCAGCUGAAACACCACACAAAUCUCCCUCCUCACAUGAAUCUGCAGAAUGUACCUCAGCUCCUCACCUUUCCACACAAAUUAAACACUUCCUGUGGCUGAGAGAGCCCAUUUGGUUCCCUCACUCAGCUGGCUGCUGAGAAAAUGCCUGUUUUGACAAAGCCUUUCUGAUUUUCCCACAAAAAUCAGCUCAUGCCUUGCUGGGGCUUCAGCAUGCUUCUUUUUUGGGUGAAGUUUUGGUGUUUUGUUGGGGUUUUUUUUAAGCCAAUGUGUGUUUACAAAACAUUAACCAAAUCAUAGCAAGGGCCUUAAUUUUGCCCAGGUGAAACUGGGUCAAAGUGACUUUGCCAAGUGACCAGGAAGCUGCAGAAAUCACAAAUAUUCUUUGGACCUCGUGAAGAAAAAAUCCACAACUUUUAUGUGUUUGUCAGAGGCAAGCUCUCAGCUUUGUCAUUUUGAGCUGUUUUUAAUCCCAGAUCCUAAAAGAAUGCAUCCUGGGAAUAACACCAGCUACAUUUUAAGGCAUAUUUCCUAUUUAUCAGUUAUGAUUAUCAACACUUUGCCUCUGGAGGAUCAAAAAUACCCAAACCCAAGAACAUUUCUUUAACUGAAGGGCUUGGGAAGCUGAAAUGAAAUGUGACCAACUCUCAGAGCUGCUUUUAUGCUGGAAGUUUAUUUUGCCCCAAAAGCUUUCAGCCCUGAAAUCUUGCUGUGUUUUUGUCAGCUUUUCACUAACACUCCUGAACCCACCUGAGCCCAGGCUCUCUAAGGCCUCACAGAUGUGCCUGAAGCUCAGCACAGCGAAACCACAGCUAAGUAAAGCCUUCACUGCACUGCUCCUGUGGGCUGCUCUGUGGGUUUGUUUCUCAGAGCAGCAGAUGAGCCUCGGUGAGCUGGGAGCAUCCCUGUGCACACAAGCGCAUCCUCAGCGUGCGAGAGCCAGGACAGGGAGCACCUGAUCCCAUCGCACUGGGCUGGGCCAGCUGGCCUGGGGGGUCCCAGCAGAGGAAAAAGCAGAGGCACAGCGAAUGCAGGCAGGACAGAAGGGCAGUGAAGCGUGUGGGGCCAAAUCGCGCCUUUGGGCAUCGUCGGUGGGCUGCAAACCCCGCUGAGGUAAAGGCAGGCAGCGCCUCCCAGCUGGGCACCCAUCCUGGGACAUCCCAUUUUGUCACUCAUUUUGGCAGCUGGUUCUGCCCCCAGCUCCCCAGGACACCUCCAGCCCUGGGCUGUGCCCCAGGCACUGCCACAGCACCCAGCUGCAGCACUGGCCACCAGUUUGGCAUCCUCCUGGGAGAAGCAGCCUGGUGUUUUCCCCAGCCUUGCUCCCAAGUCCUGCAUUCCUUCCUCCCAUGGCCUGAUGCUCCAGGAGCAAUCUGGAUGCACGGAUCAGGUUUCUCCUCUGACAGCAGCAGCCUGCUGGUGCUUCUGGCUUCUCUGACAGCAGCACAGAGCCCAGGAGCUGUCCUGGAAAUUCUGGCCAGCAGCCAGAUUGCCCCAGAGAGAUAAGCCACAGCCUCCCUGGGUUUAAUCAUUGCUCUGUUUUGGGCACACCUUUGGGGUCCCAGCCCUUCAGUGAAACAGCAGAGUGAUGGGAGAAGUUGCAAAGGUCACAGAAAGUCGGGAAUGUAGCAUUUUACAGGAGGCUGGAGGAGCCCAGCCUCACUUCUCUUCGUGCCAGAGCAGAAAUGCUGCUGUUGCACCCCACAGCCCCCUGUUCUCCGCACUGCUGAGACCUGAGCACUCAUCUCUGGGUGUCCUUCUGCCUUCUG